UCCGGCAGCCGAACUGAGAAUUCAAUAUACAUUUGGCAGUUUGACACACGCUGCGAUCUUUUUUAUCUUCUUCUUGUUGUAGAGUAUUAUCAAUUAGUAGUCUUCGCCUUGCUUUAGUUUUUUUUUAGUGCAUCUGUUUAAACCAGUCAGUCGCUUCUCUUUGGGUGGAAAGUGAAAGAUAAAAUAAUUGUGUUGCCGGAAUGAAGAAUAGCGAGGACGAGCAGAAGGAAGAAUUCCUGAGGGAGUUUGGUGAUGAUUACGGCUAUAAAAGUGCCCCCAAAAACAUUGAUCAACUCCGAGCUACAGAAUUCAAGCGAUUGGCCGGGGUGGUGUACCUGGAUCAUGCUGGGGCGACUUUGUACUCCGAGGCACAGUUGGAAUCAGUCUUCAAGGACCUGAAUUCCAAUCUCUAUGCAAAUCCACAUAGCCAGAGCAGCUGCAGCUUGAAUACCAGUGACAGAGUUGGGGAAGCGCGCACACAGGUCCUUGAUUAUUUCAAUGCAUCUUCUAGAGAGUACAGCGUCAUAUUCACUUCUGGGGCAACAGCAGCCUUAAAGCUUGUCGGGGAGAGCUUUCCAUGGAGCAGUCAGAGUUGUUUUAUGUAUUCGAUGGAGAAUCAUAACAGUGUGCUUGGGAUAAGGGAAUAUGCACUCAACCAAGGGGCUGCCGCUCUUGCUGUGGAUGUUGAAGAGACUGCUGAUUAUCGCAAUUCUAGAGGCGCUAACUCGGCCAUUCGACUUUUUCGGCACCAUGAACUACGGAGAAGUGAAAGAGGACUAAGUAAAGAAGAUCCUACUGGUAAUGUCUACAACUUAUUCGCAUUCCCUUCAGAAUGCAACUUUUCAGGUACCAGAUUCAACCUCGAUCUGGUGAAGCUCAUCAAGGAAGAUUCACAUAAUGCGUUGGAAGGUUCCACCUAUUCACGUGGAUGCUGGAUGGUUUUGAUUGAUGCUGCGAAGGGGGGUGCCACAGAACCACCAGAUCUAUCUAAGCAUAAAGCUGACUUUGUUGUGAUCUCAUUUUAUAAGAUAUUUGGCUAUCCAACUGGCCUCGGCGCGCUCAUUGUUCGAAAUGAAACUGCUAAGUUAUUGAAGAAGACAUACUUCAGUGGAGGCACAGUGGCUGCAUCUGUUGCUGACAUUGAUUUUGUCAAAAGAAGAGCUGGUGUUGAAGAAAUUUUUGAGGACGGCACUAUUUCUUAUUUGAGCAUUGCAUCAAUUCUCCAUGGAUUCAGAAUACUUAACACUUUAACCAUGUCUGCUAUAUCCCGGCACACAACAUCUCUUGCAACUUUUGUGAGGAAAACACUUUCAGCUAUGAAGCAUGAAAAUGGAACUCAUGUUUGCACACUUUAUGGGGCAAAUUCUUCGAAGGUGCUAUUUGAAGGAAUGGGUCCUAUAGUUUCAUUUAACUUGAGAAGGCCAGAUGGGUCAUGGUUUGGCUACCGUGAGGUGGAAAAACUUGCAUCUCUAGCAGGGAUUCAGUUACGGAUGGGAUGUUUUUGCAAUCCUGGUGCAUGUGCCAAAUAUCUUGGUUUGUCUCACUCGGAUCUUCUUUCCAACUUUGAGGCUGGGCAUGUUUGCUGGGAUGAUCAUGAUGUGUUACGUGGAAAGCCAACUGGGGCUGUUAGAGCAUCCUUUGGUUAUAUGUCAACAUUUGAAGAUGCCAGUAAUUUUGUGAACUUCAUAAAGGCUUCCUUUGUGUCAUUACCUUCUCGAACUCCCGGUGUUAAUACAUUAAGAGGAACAACUAUUUCUCCUGCCAUUGAAGGAAUUGGGAGAGCUAAUCCAAGGCUCAAAUCUAUUUCCAUAUAUCCUAUUAAGUCAUGCUUGGGCUUUAGUGUCAACAGUUGGCCCCUUACCACUACCGGACUGCUACAUGAUCGAGAGUGGCUUCUCAGGAGCACUAGCGGUGAAAUCUUAACACAAAAGAAGGUUCCAGAUAUGUGCCAUGUUACCACGCUUAUCGACCUUGAUUUGGGAAUACUGUUUGUGGAGUCACCCCGCUGUAAAGAGAAGCUGCAGAUCAAACUUAAAUCAGAUUUUCCUGUAGGAAAAGAUGAAGUGAACAUUCAUCCUCAGAGGUACGAAGUGGAGGUUUAUCACGAUGAGAUUGACAUCUGGUUUAGUGAUGCUGUUGGUCGACCUUGUACUUUACUAAGGUGCUCAGGUCAACAGGGUUAUGCUUGCUCAAACAGGAACAGGAUUUCAAGGCUGUGUAGAGAUCUUGAGACCAAAAUGAAUUUUGUGAAUGAAGCACAGUUUUUGCUGGUAUCUGAGGAAAGUGUCAAUGACCUAAAUGCUAGGUUGAGAUCAAAUGUGCAGCACCAGUUCGAUGGAGAGUUAAUUCAAGUGAGUACAUCAAGGUUUCGACCCAACCUGGUAGUGUGUGGUGGGGAAGCAUAUGCAGAAGAUGGAUGGAGAAGCCUUAGAAUUGGAAAGACAGAAUUCAUUUCAUUGGGUGGUUGCAAUCGUUGCCAAAUGAUCAAUUUGAGUUUUCAAGGCGGGAAGGUGCAAAGGUCAAAUGAACCAUUGGCUACUUUAGCAGAGUAUAGGAGAACGAAGGGGAAAAUAACUUUUGGCAUAUUGCUGAGGCAUGACGAUAGCACUGGAAAGCACUCAGAUGCAUGGCUUCAUGUAGGAGAAGAAAUCCGUGCGAGUUUAGCUUGAUUCUGGUAAAUUUUUUUUGGAACCAAGUGAUAAAGGAAUGCAAGUCAAAGUAGAGAAACACUUGUCAGAGGAGAUGUGGGCGUACAAGGGUGCUAACAUUUAUUGGACCAUGCGAGAAAGAAGGCAGCUGGUCCUCCUGUGAUGAAAAUUUUUAUGAACAAUGGGGGUGGUGGAUCAGUUAAGAGCGUACUACUACUCUUUUUAGUGUGCCUUGAAGAAUGAAGAAAAUGGUGAUUUUCGUUGGUAAUUUGAUUAUUUUCUGUUUUUUGGGGAAAAUAACAAAAAGGAAAUUCCCUUCUUCUGGUAGUCUCAGGUUACUCCUAAUUCUGAAUUAGCAAGCUAAUGCUAAGGCUUUGGGAAUUAAUAAUAAUGAUAUUUCUCCUU